GUCCUACCAUAAUUUCCUUCUUUUUCACAGAAAAAUGACUUCCUACGACAAAUACCUGGGCCUCCCCCUAGAACAGUUCGAAAGGAUGUCGAGGAACUACGAGCUUUUCCAGGAGACCUGUAACGACCUGACGAAGGAACCAGUCAGGGUCUACAGCCCGCUGACCAAGAAGAGCAUGGACGAGCUGUACCUGAACAGGGAAGUCAGCAAAGACCUUCAGAAAAAGAAGGAAGAGGAUAUGAAGAAGGCCGCGCAAGCCGCUCAAGAAGCGUCAGAAGCUAAAGAAGAGAAGGAAGGAUCAGAAGAGAAACAAGAGGACAAACCAGAGACUGAGAAGUGAUCUGUUAUAUUAAAAUUAUUUAUUAAAUAUUAUGUAA